GGUUUUUUUGAGAAGGAAAUAUGAAGUCAAUGAGCUCGCUCAAAUUCGCCUUCCUCUUCUCCCUAUCUCUCGCCGGCGCCGCCUCCUUCACCACCACCACCGCCGCCGCCGCCACCCCGUUUCUAUCACUUCGGAGAAUCAAAUCCUCUUAUUCCCCCUCUCCAUCAACAAGGCCCAAAGCCACAGUCUCGGACCUGCUCUCCCUCCUCGGCCCGCCACAACAGGCCAGCUCAGUCAACGCACAGGUGGCGCGUGAUCUACGCUCAUGCUUCAAAUUCUUAUCUCCUUACAACCCACCGCCCACCGCCGCAAGGCAAAUGCUGUGUUCUAGCAUCGUCUUACCGUCAAAUCGGAGCAGCAACGAAAUCGACGAGCUGAUAACGUCGCCUCCGGCGCCCGUACUGGAGCUCGCCCGCCUCGCCGUAGAAUCCGGCGGCGAUCCCGGCGCCAUCCACCGAGCCCUAGAUCCGACUCCGAUCACCGUUCCGGACGUCGAAGGAUCAAAUCAAUCCCGGUGCGAGCUCACCAGAACUCCUUACGGGUGGCAAUUCAUAGACGAGGGUUUGAAUUCCUACCUCGAAUUCUUAUUCGACGUAAUUGUCGAGCGCGGUCCGGAAUUAGGGCUCAAUGUAUCUCUCAGCCGCUACGAUUUAUUCCACGGCCACCUAUUCAUUGCAAACGAAUCCGGUAGAUUAGGCAUUUUGUUUCAUGCUAAAGAAUACCCCGCUUACGAUAAGCAAAAAUUCCCCGUCUAUAUGGGCUAUUGCCAAACGGGAUCGAAUGUUUCUUACGACAAUUCGAUGAAUUUGAGGAAUAUAUUAUGGCUUGCUCCACUGCCGUGCAAUUCUUCGGAUUCAUGUUGGCUGGCGCCAGGUGUCCUGGUCGCAUUGGAUGCGAGUCCCGGUGGGAUAGUUUACCGAGAUCUUGUACACGACUAUGUUCGUAUUGCGAGGACAUUGUACGAAGAGGAUUUUGGGGAAGUUGUUGUCGAUGUUAACUAUCUCAAUGUCGGAGCUCAAGUGCCGGAAUUCAAGAUAUUCAUUUGCUGAGGCGUAUUGGAUUCGGUUUGUAAGUUUCCUAUUUGAUGUGUGUAAUUUGUCGAGAGUUGCUUGCAAACUAUGUUAUGUGUAUAUGGUGAAAUCGAUAUUGUUGAUGAUAUGCCAAACCGCAUUUUAAUGAACCUAUUGAAGUUGAUAUGAUGAGCGUAUUUGGAA